AUGGCAGCAACUGCCAUGUCGGGGAUGCCCGGACUUGGAUUUUCAGCCAGCGACGAUGCCCGUAGAUUACUUCGUCUACGACUAGAUCAGCUUGGAUAUUCAAAAGAAGUGCUACCACCAGAAGCAGCCGGUCUAGUCCAAAAGUUAUUAUCGGAUCUAAUAGUAACUACUGAUACCGCUCGAAGAUUUAAAUUUGAAAAGGAAGCUGCUGAAGCUGAGCGAAGAACUGUCGAGGAUCAGGUUGCUCCUCUCCGACAAGAAAUCGCUCGCAUCACAGCCGAAAACAAUCGUCUACACAGUGAUGUGAUUGCAUCUGCCGCUGAACUAGAUGCAACGAGACAAAGAGCCACGCAAACUGUGAGAAGACUUGAAUCUGAACGUGAAGAUUUGAAAUUCAUGGUCUCGCAGCAUAUGCAUCGUGCUGAAAUGGAAAUGAAGAAGGCUGAAACUGAACGGGCCAAAGUCGCCGAAAUGUUGCUUAAACAGGGCGUUAUACAGGAUGGGAAUAGUAAGAUUAGUGGUGGGAGGAAACAGCCUAGUAAGGCUGCUGAAAGGUUGUUUUCGCAGAUACAAAAGAUUGAUUUGGAGACUGGACUUGAACCAUUACAGAAUCCAUCGACUGCUUUCCUGGGUCCAGAUCCAGUCAUUGCUGAUGCUUUACGAAUGGCUGAAGCACGAGCAGAGCAAUUAUCUAAAAUAAAGGAUGAUCUGAGCUCAAAGAAUAUUGACUUGGAGAACCAGGCAUGUCAUUCCUUGAAAGAACAAGUCGGUCGACGUGAGCAAGAGUCCGCUAGACUAGGAGCUCAAUUAGAAGUAGCUCGAGCUCAACAAUUCUCGACUGUUCCACCUGGUGCUCGACCAUUACAUGAAAUUCGAGAUGAUGGGACGUCAGAGACUGCUGGUAUACGGGACUUGACUGUUGCUAGACAGAGAAUUGAGCAGUUGGAGAUGCAGGUUGAGUACUUGCAGGAGCAUGCUGAUGGCCUUGAAAAGGAACUAGCCUCGUAUGAAUCUGGCCAACAAACCAUGCUAGCUAUAAAAGAAGACGAACGGCUAGCAAUGAAGCAUGAAUUGGAUCGAGAAAAGGAACGUGGUGAUGGACUGCUGAAGAAUCUAUCACGUCUAGAAACCAUGUUGAAUGAGUUGCAAGGACUGAAGGCUGCAUCACCUAGACGUCAAAAUGUGGAUUCCAAAGUGUCUAGAUCAAAGUCGAAAGAUGAGCGGGAUAAGAAGGAGCAUGUCUCAAAGAUACCGAUUCGUCAAGUUGCAGACCUGACUGACAAGUUGAAGUCUACUGAGGCAUUGCUGAAGAGUACUAAUCACCAGCUAUCAUCGUUGAGAGCCGAGUUUGACAUGACAUCACAGGAAGCAGAAGUUCUUCGAUCUGAUCUUGCCACUGCAAACGCUACCAUCGGUCAACUUCAGAAUGAUUUGCAGAUGGUUCGUCACUCACCAAUACCACAUAAACGACCAAAUACUCCUAAACGUGCUCGUAUACAACCUGAUUUGGAGCGUGAUAGUCAGAUGCUUGAUGAAUAUGAUAUCUCAGAGAUUCGAAUUGUGCCAGAUACAAUGAAGCCUGGCUUAGAGUCUGAGAAUGAAGAGCUGAGGCAGAGGGUACACGAUCUUGAGAGUGAAAAGGGUAAAUUCGAAGCUGAUUUACAAGGGUUGCAUCAAGAGUUGAUGGAAGUCCAAAAGAAGACAUUCGAGUCGGAUGACAGACAGUUACAAAUCGAAUCUCUUGAACGUCAGAUAGCAUCUAAAAACGAAGAGGUCAAGAUGCUGAAUAGAAGGCUGGAAGAUGUGGAAUCUCGUGGUGCUUUGGCUAUGGCAUCACAAGACAAGUUGAUUGCGGAAUUGGAACAAGUUAAAAAGGAGAGAGAUGAACUAGUCAAGUCAUUGGAACAAUUCGAGUCUCAUUUAGCAGAAGUUCAACAUGGAUUUGAUACGCUGUCAUCUGAUCGAGAUAAUAUUGCUCAAUUGUAUGAGCAGGCAACUGAGGAAUUACGAACACUUCGAAAUGCACACGCAUUAAGUGUCACUCAUCCAUCUAGUCCUAUACCACCAGCAGAUAUAAAUGCCCUUCGAGCACGAGUCGAACUACUUCGUGCCAAAGAACGAUCUCUAGAAUCCAAAGUAGUCGAGUUGGAGAAAUCGAAUGAUAUCUUGGCAAAGGACUUGAAGGCAGCUAAUGAACGAGUACCGCAGUCAAGAGUUGCUGAAUCAACUGCCGCACGAGAUGCUGCUGCACCUUCUGCAGAAAGUGAACGUGAAUUGAAUGGUAUUCGUGCCGAGUUGUCUGAUAAAGUGCAGGAAAUCGAGAGGCUGAAUAGUAAAAUUGGCGAUAUGGAAGCUCAACGAGAGCGUCAGAAUGUUGCAUCUCAGGAAGUCAAAUCACGUUUAAUAGAAGCCGAAUCUCGACUUGAACGAGUUCAAUCUGAUUUAUCUCGAGCCAUUCACGAACGAGAUGAACAGUCAUUACGAAUGACUGAGCAACGACGUCUACUGACUCAAGUAGAUCGAGAACGAGAUGUCUUCCAAGCCGAUAUGGACUCCAAAGCCGAAAAGAUUGUCGAACUACAAGCUAUAGUAUCUCGCAUGAAGGAAGAUUCUCGACGUAUGGAAACCGAGUAUAUGGCGUUACGUGAUCAAGCCGAUGCCCUCGCAUCAAGUCUCAAUGAACAAGAUCGAGAAAUAUCGAGCUUGCAACGACAAGUAGAAUCCCUCGCCAAUGAACGAGAUCACUUCUCUAUUGAGGCACAGCGGAAUGCUGAAGAAGCCCGGAAUGUUGGCUCUGAUCUUGUAGCGCUGACCAAGGAGAAUCAAGUGUUGAAUGGAGAGUUGUCUGAAGCUAUUGCUGAGCGAGAUCAUUUGAGGAAUGAGAUGGUGGAGGCCGAACGGCAGAAUAACUAUCUGGAAGAGGUUGCGAGAGGACGUGAACAGGAGAAGGACGUUUUGAUGGUUUCGUAUCGGAAGCUUAUUGCUGAGCAUGAGAAGUUGGAGGGGUCUAUACGGGCUGUUAAUGAGGAUGGUAAUAAUAUGAGAAUGGAGAUGAUUAUGAAGGAUAAGAGAGGCCAACAUCUACAAAAUCAGCUGGAUGAGCUGACUGCUGAAGCUGCUCAAUUGAGGAUUGAUUUAGGAUCGUAUGAAAAGCAAUGUAGUAAUCUCACAAGAACACUUGCAGCUGCUGAACGUUCUGUCCGGCACCUGGAGGCUGACAAGGCUAGACUUUUGAGAGAUGUACAGGCUGCUCGAGAUGUAGCUCUCUCUGUAGAUCGUGCAAAAGACGAUUUCCAACGUCAAGCUACGUCAAGCAUUGUUGAAAAAGAGCACCUCAAUGGUGCUAUAAGACGUCUGGAGGCUGAAAAGGAGAGUUUCGAGAGUCAAGUUCGUUCCGAGCGUCUCAAAGUGGAACGUCUCGAGCACCUGUUGGCUGCUGAACGUACCAGACAUCUACAAGCUCAGCAACAAGCGCUACAACAGGCAGCCAAAGAUGCUGGUAAACCCAACCUCGAAGACCAGGUUCAGCAACUGUCACAGCAGCAGACUGCUUCAAUAGCUGCUCUCAGUCGUGAAUUGAGAGAGCUUGAAGAGGAUCGUAAAACCCUACUAGCCAAGGUGGCGGAUUCGGAUAGAGCUGAACAUGAAGCUCAAGAAGCUUAUAUGAUGAUGGCCGAGAAGUGCACCAACCUGGAAAAAGAUUUAGUAGAAAUGAAGGAGCGAAUUGAUAAUAAGGAGCAAAUCAUUGAAGAGCUUGUAGCUAUGAGGACUGAGGUUGACAAGGACGCCGACGACACAUCCCAAGGCAAAUCCGACGUCGAACGCAAAGUAGAAGCGGAACUCGAGAAAACCAAAGCCCAACUACGUAAAUACGAAGUGCAACUAGCUAGACGACAACGACGUCGCGAUGAUAUAGACCAAGACGAGCAUUUUGCUCAGCAAGGUGGAUUAAAAGUAUAUGAUUCAUAUACGAGUCGAUCUCGUGCUAGUGAUGCGGAAGAAAGUGGUGGGGAAGCAGCUGUGACGUCAAGUGCUGAUGCAGGAGGAGGAGCAAGUGGUGCUGGACCAUCGAGGAAGCGUGAUGCUCCUAGUAGUAAGGAAUCGAGUCCUAGUUCGCAGAUACAGGGACGAACGGCUGGUGCGUCUCGUCAGAGCAGUAGGAAGCUGCUGGAGACCAUUGCUCAGGUCCAGAACGAUUUCAGGAAGUAG